CUUGUCCUUUGCAUGAACUCUCCGGCCUCCAGAGGAAGGAAGGCACAGCCAGACCCACUCGAUGGAAAACUUGAACCUCACUCCCUGGGAGGCAUGGCUGCUGCAUAAAGAGAGAGAAGGGCGCGUUGAGUUGCAGAGGAAAAUCUCGGAGCAAUUGAAACAAGAGGAAGAACUGUUAAAAGAACAGCAGCAUAAGGAAAAGAAAAAACUACUUGCAGAGGAACAGCGCAAAGAAUGGGUCCGGAAAAAGAAAGAGCAGGAGCGAAAAGAAAAAGAAGAGAGACUUCUGAAAGAGCAACGGGACAAGGAGGCAGAGGAACGGGGCCGAAUCUCUGCACAAGAGAAGGGCAAAGAGAAAUACGAGGCCUGGCUGAGAAAAAAGAAAAUGGAGGAGCAAGAACGGAAGAGAAAAGAGAAGGAACAAGAGGAAAAGUCCCUGACUGAACAAAGAGAGAAAAAGGACAAAGCAAGUCAAGUGUUUAAAGAGUGGCUGGAACAAGCCAAGAACAAGCCACGUCCAGUAUUAAACAGCUAUGGCUACGUCAAUGGGAAACUAACAGGUUAUUAUGACGCAAGCUCCUAUCCUGCUCCAGCAUUCUAUAAUCCCAUCCCGUGGAAACCAAUUCCCGUACCACCUCCACCGAAAGAAGCCACCAAGAACGUCUCUGCAAAGAAGAAAAAAAGACCGGUUUCCAGCCAGUCGUAUCGACCAAACGUGAGGUCACUUAAUAAACCUAAGGACAAUCUCCAUGUGGCUGGGAGAAUACUGAAAAGAUGACGGAUAUGCUGUGGAUAAGGCUGGUUUUGUUCAUCCACAGCAAAUCAUUAUAAUGUUUUAAACCAUCCAGACAAAUGCACAACCGCUUUUUGUUUUGCAAUUAUUUAAUAUAGUACAAUAUGGGAUCCUAGUGUUGUUUGAGCAUCAAGCAUUAUCUCUAUAUAGAUCUGGCACGUUUCUUCUCUACAGUAGAGCAAUGCAGAAUGAGUCCUUGUUCUGUUGUUGGAAUGAGGGUCUCACCAAUCCUUUCAUCAGUGAUUAUGGGGCUUCAUACUAAGUUAGCAGAGCCCACCACCCUACAGGCCUCAACUAUUAACCCACCAGUCCACUUAAUCCUCAGGUGGUGGACACUGCCAACAAGUAGCAAGGGGUCCAAGAUAUUAAGGGAUACAUGUGCUGUUAAUAUGAAUGAAUUGUGUUACAACAGCGCCACCUGCUGGUCAUUUUCCCACCAGUUUGACCACCAAGUAGUCAAGGAAGUUGUCAGGAGAAAGAAAGAGGCAGCUCUGAUGUUCUUCUACUUAGGAAGAAAACCUUUCUCAAACUUUUCCUAAGCAGAAGAACAUCAGAGCAGCCUCUUUCUUUCUCCUGACAACUUCCUUGACUACUUGGUGGUCAGACUGGUGGGAAACUGACCAGCAGGUGGCGCUGUUGUAACAAAAUUUAUUCAUGUUAACAGUACAUGUAUCCCUUAAUAUCUUGGAAUUAAAAAAUAAUAAACAAUGAAUGUACAUUGCAAACAUUCUCAGAAUAGUACUCUCAUCAAUUUUACAUUCACUUGUUUUAAAGGUUUACUUAUCCUUUAAGACUCCAUUAAACCCCACUCGCAAGUCCUGUUCAUUUUGCAAUUCUGCUUUUCCAUCUGUCAUGGGACCCCAGAGUCCGGCCAAAGAAGCCAAGCCUAUAUUUUACUCACUGAUUAAGGGAAAAUACAUUUAGUAGAUACAGUAUUUACCUUCCCAUUGCAAAUAAUGGGGUAUAUUUAAUUCUAAAAUGUUUUUUAUAAGGAUCCUGAAAUAUCCCCAUGUUCAUAAGAAAUUGCAUAUAUUCAGUUAGUGAUUUCCUUAGUCAUUUUAAAAAAAAUCCAAUUUGAUCUUUUAGGAGUUAUUUAUUAAAGUCUAAAUGCCAAAAACUUGAAAAAUUCACGUUUUUUUUUUUAAAUUUAAUUUUUUGGGAAUAAAUUAAACCCCAAGGGUGUUAAAAGUCAGAAUAAAAAAGUAGUCCAACUCAGACCUGCCGAGUUCAUGGAGAAAUCCCGAAGAUAUCCCGAUCUGCGCUGGUUUUCGUGAAAUAAUGCGAAGAUGUCAUGGUUUUCGGGCAUCAAAUCUUAAAAAAAUGUGUACGGUUUGAAUUUUUUCGCGAUUUUAUCGAGUUUUUUUUCCUGCACAGGAAAUUUUCGGAAAAAUGUAUUGAGAAAUAAAGGGAAAAAAAUCAGUGCGGAUCUGGUCGGACUAUUUUACCGAAAAUUAUCAGAAAUUUAGGGGGUUAUUUAUUAAGGUCUGAAUGCCAAAAACUUGAAAAAUUCACUUUUUUUUUUUACUAUAAAAUCAAAGUUUUUAGCGGUUUAAUUUUUCGGGAAUAAAUUAAACCCCAAGGGUGUUAAAAGUCAGAAUAAAAAAGGACUCCAACUCAGACCUGUCGAGUUUAUGUAGAAGUCAA